UGCUACGCGUACUACAAUUGAAACGCAAAAUCAACAAUUAAAACGACAGACAACUCGUAAAAGGAGUCCAGCUAAGUAGACAUGCCUCUUCAUCUUCUAGCCUUGUAUCCAGUCAGAAACUGAACUUCAAUCCCUUCGAUUUCUGAUCCACGCAUCUGCUUGCUUCUUCUCCAUUGAAGCUUUCUCAUUCCCCACGGUCAUCUCUAAAGCCUCCAUAACACAAAACCAUGCCCCUUGCUCUCCCCAUUUACUGGAAUUAGAGGAAGACCUUUCUCAGGACUUCGACCGUCCUGCGGGAAACAUAACUUUUUAGAACGGUUGCGCGUGACAUGUUUGUAUGGCUCUUGUGAAUGCUCCUGCGCUGCAAUUCAAGUCUUCUGCUGUCUUUGGGAUCUGUUCAAAACCCUUUAACUUCCUUCCCAUUCAGAGUAGAAAUUUCUUUGAGAAGCCAUUGCUUGUUGAAGCGAGGGCAAAUAUUAGAAAAGAAAGUGCAAAAAUACGAAACAGGAGGAUGCUAAAGAAGUUUAAUGGCACACCUACAAGACCAAGGCUUUCAGUAUUCUCUUCAGACAAGCAGUUGUACGCUAUGCUGGUAGAUGAUCAAAACAACAAGUGUUUGUUUUAUGGAAGCACUUUGCAGAAAUCUAUUCGUCAGCAUCCCCCUUGUAGCACCAUAGAAGCUGCUAAACGUGUUGGUGAGGAGCUUGUCCUGGCUUGUAAUGAUUUACACAUAAAUGAAAUAUCAUCUUAUGAUCGCAAUGGUUUUGCUUGUGGGGAAAGAAUGCAAGCCUUUGAGAUUGCAAUUUCUGGUCAUGGGUUCUUGCCGCGAUAGACUUGUUUCUUCUUCACUUUUUAACGCAUGUUGAUAAUCUUUGGAACUAAAGCUCUCAAAUAUAAAUGCAAUUGUUACUUAUAAAAAAAAAAAAAAAUGUAAUUGUCAUCAAUUGCCA